AACCUUGUCACAUAAACAACAGCAAGGGUGAAUUCCCCGCAACCUUGUCAUUCAAGACUUCCACUUUUAAACUCACACAUUCUUCAACAUCCCAUAAUUAAAAAAAUACAAUAAUUGUGAGUUUGAGUCUAUAAAAUAUGAUUUGAAUCAACUUUUUUUGAAUCCCUCCAAAAAAAAAAAAUCCCACAUUCCUCCCAACAUAAUUUUUGUUUCCUGACAUAAAAAAUGGCAGAAACCAUAACAACAACAAGUAACAUUCUCAAAAACCCAGAUUUCGAUUAUUCUUGGUAUUCCCCAGAAACAGGGAUUUACAGCAGUAAACACCCUAAAAUCCAUCUCCCAGAAAACCCAUUUCUUGAUGUUGUCACUCACAUUUUCUCUCUCCUCAACAACAAUGGCGGCGGAAACUCUGUUCUUGUUGAUUCAUCAUCUGGGUAUUCAAUCCCUUACUCUGAACUCUUCCCUCUUGUUAAAUCCAUGGCUUGUGGGCUCCACCAAAUGGGGAUUUCAAAAGGUGAUGUGGUUUUGAUCCUUUUACCCAAUUCAGUUUACUUGCCAAUCAUCAUUCUGGGUGUUGUUUAUUUAGGCGCCAUUGUUACUCCCAUGAAUCCUCUGUCUUCUUUCUCUGAGGCAAAACAACAAACACUUUGCUGUCAUGCUAAAUUAGCCUUCACUCUUGCUGAAAACACUCGAAAGUUGUCAUCUUUAGGGCUUAAAAUCAUCCAAGUCCCUGAAAAUGUUAUAAUUGGUGAACAAACCCAGAAAACCCAGGAAUUUCCUGAAUUUUUUCAUCUCGUUUCUGGUAAUAUCAAUAAUGGUGGGAAUUUUACAUUUCCUAGGGCUAAAAUCAACCAAGAUGAUACUGCAGCAAUAAUGUAUUCCUCAGGUACAAGUGGUGCUAGCAAAGGUGUUGUUCUUACACACAGAAAUCUCAUAUCAAUGGUGGAAUUAUUUGUAAGAUUUGAAGCUUCACAAUACAAAGAAAUGAUGAAAAAUGAAGAAAGUGUAUAUUUGGGUGUUUUGCCAAUGUUCCAUAUUUAUGGACUUGCUCUUUUUGGGUUUGGUCUGAUUUCAUUGGGUACAAGUGUAGUUGUUAUGAGAAAGUUUGAUAUAAAUGAGGUUGUGAAAGUGAUUGACAAGUUUAAGGUUACACAUUUUCCUGUUGUUCCUCCAAUUUUGGCAGCAUUGACAACAAAAGCAAAGAGCUUAAUUGGUGGUUUUAGUGUGAGUGGAUUGGGCAGUUUGAAGCAGGUUUCUUGUGGUGCUGCUCCUUUAACUACUCAACUUAUUGUUGAUUUCUUGCACACUUUCCCUGGUGUUGAUUUUAUUCAGGGUUAUGGUAUGACUGAAUCAACAGCAGUAGGAACUCGCGGAUUCAAUGUAGCAGGAAAGACUUACAAGUAUACAUCAGUAGGUCUUUUAGCUCCAAAUAUGGAAGCAAAAGUGGUAAAUUGCAGUACUGGUUCAUGCAUGAAACCUGGGAAAGCCGGAGAAUUGCUGCUGCGCGGACCUGGUGUUAUGAAAGGAUAUCUCAAUAACAGAAUAGCUACAGAGCUAACAAUUGAAGAGGAUGGUUGGCUACAUACUGGGGACAUAGUAUAUUUUGACUAUGAUGGUUACCUUUACAUUAUUGAUCGGUUGAAGGAUAUAAUCAAGUAUAAAGGAUUCCAGAUUGCCCCGGCUGAUCUAGAAGUUAUACUGAUGUCUCACCCUGAAAUACUCGAUGUUGCAGUAACUGGUGCUGCUGAUGAAGAAGCUGGGGAAAUACCAGUAGCAUUUGUUAUCAAGAAAACAGGAAGCUUGCUAUCUAGAAAUGAAGUUUGUACAUAUGUUGCAAACGCGGUAGCUCCACACAAGAAAGUGAGAAAGGUGGUGUUUGUGACCUCCAUACCUAAGUCAGUAGCAGGGAAGGUGCUGAGGAGGCAAUUAAGAAACUUACUACCUUCAAAGCUUUAGCAUUUUUGUAAACUAGAUUUGAACAAAGUAGGUUGUGAUUCUUGUUUGAGGGCGCUUGGUUUGCAUAGCAGUGAUAUGAGUUUGGAAUCAGGAAUGAAACCAUGCUGGUAUGGAGUUGAUUCCUAAUACAAGGUGUUUGGUUAUACUCCUAUCCGCCAAUUCUUUUCUAUUAUUUGAUACCUAAAGGUUUAGUAUGAGUCA